AUGCUGUGCGUGCUCAACCCGCGCAAGGCCAACAUGCAGACGCUCAAGAACUGGGACCUCUGGGGCCCGCUCGUGCUGUGCCUCACGCUCGCGACGCUGCUCUCCUGGUUUGCUCCGUACGAGCAGAAAUCGCUCGUGUUUGCGUCCGUCUUUGUGAUUGUGUGCUGCGGCGCGACGGUGGUGACGGUCAACGCGCUGCUGCUCGGCGGCAACAUCUCCUUCUUCCAGUCCGUCUGCGUGCUCGGCUACUGCAUCUUCCCGCUCAACAUCGCCUCCGUCAUCUGCCUCAUCGGAGGGCCGCUGAUAUGGCGGCUCGCCGUGGUCGCCGUGUGCUUCUUCUGGUCCACCUCCGCCUCGCUCGGCUUUAUGGGCGAGCUCGUGCCGACCAACCGGCGCGCGCUCGCCGUGUACCCUCUCUUCCUCUUCUACACGAGCAUCGGCUGGCUCAUCCUCAUAGCGGCGCGCACGUCGCCGUACAGCUGA